AUGACGUGCCGUCUGCUGUGCGCCCUGUUGGUGCUCGCCCUUUGCUGCCGCCCGUCCGUUUGCGCGACAAAGAGUAGUGGAGAUCAAGAUAAGGGUAGCUCCAGUUUACCCCCUGGUAAGCCACAGGGAGCAAUUGUUCCGGAUUCAGCGAACUCGAGAGGCGGCACGCCUGAGAUUACGGGGAUCAAUGCGGCGCAGCCCGAUGGUACGUCUGGUUUGGGAGGGGCAGCAGAUGCGGUGGACCUUGAUGGACAGGAACCAAUUAAGGAGUCCAAUGCGCCAUACUCAGCAGACCCGAAUGAAAAGGUACAGGAAACGGCAACGAUUUCCGAGACCGGUGGGACAAGGCCCCCAAAUCAGCCCACUAAUGGAAAGACAAAAAGUGAAAAUUCCACAUCACAAGGAUCAAGUGCGGGAACCGUUGUGCCAGAAACUUCAGGAAAAGCAACUCCGGGGCCUAUUACAAAAGAGGGAGCAGGUGGGUCCGCUAACCCAGCUGCAGCAUCAAUUUCCGUGACCGCUUCUGUAUCGGCACAAAGUCAGAAGGAAAAUGCGCCAACAACAACAACAACGACUACGACAAAAGCACCAACCACGACAACUACCACCACUACGACUACAGAGGCACCAAGCACGACGACGACCCGCGCACCGUCACGUCUUCACGAAAUCGACGGCAGCCUCAGCAGCUCUGCGUGGGUGUGUGCCCCGCUGCUGCUCGCCGCAUCCGCGCUGGCGUACACCACUGUGGGCUGA